CGUGAGUAAUUUUGUAAACGCUUGGCCAACCUGAUUCACAGAUGAUACCUGAAUGAUUCGCUUGUUUUCAUCCUCGUCCGUUAAAACGUGAUGAUGCAAAGCAUAUAAAUACGCUCGUGUGAUAUACCCAUUGCUUAACCGUUGCCCUCCGCUUAACACUCGGUUACUCGCAGGUCUGGACGCACGUUACGCUAGCUAUAACAACAGCUGACAUAAAGCAACCUUUCAAAGAGGUGCACCUGUCCCCUGGAGUGUUUGACGCGCGCUCUUUUUAACGUCGCGGUUCGGCGGCGCGGGCAUGAAAAAGUCGAUCCCGCCAAGACGUCCGUGUUUUCGCCGCGCGCGUGACCUUGCUAAUACCCCAUUCGCAUCUCGGGUUUAAUCUUAUCAACUGUAAACAUAAAGCGCUUUUCGCACGAGGGCGGCGUUCAUCUCGGCGAUGACGUCACGAGGCAGGUCUCGCUCGAGCCCACCAAUGAGACGAGGCGGCUCGGUUCUUUUGGGGCACAUCGCAAUGAAUGGGUGUCGGUGCUUUACAAGGCAAAGGAGCGACCACAACAAGACGCGGAUAUUGAGGGGAUGCGGCAUCGGCACGCGGGAGCUGUCCACCAGCUGCAGCACAGCAACGACGCGGACGCUCGUGACGGUCAGAAGGAAGCACCUCGUCCAGUCGCCCCGCUCUUUAGUCUGCCGCCCCCACCGCCAUCGAUAAAGGAGCGAACCACCUCCUCGCAUCACAGCCGAAAUGCACAGUCCUGUCCGGACCGCGGCGCCAGGAACGGCGAGUGCCCGCCUUUGACCGGCCACGGUGACCGUCAGCCGCCUCCGUUCGCAGGGGCCUCGUCUGCCUCUCGGUGUCGUUCGGAGGGGCUCUCGCCGAGCAGCCAUUCUCCUCAGCAGCGCGGAUCUUCCGUUUCCCCGCAGCCCUCCCCAUCCGAACUGCCGCCGCCGCCUCUGCCUUCGCGCAUUUCUAAUACGCGGGAUACGCGCCAAAAGAUCGCUAAUUACAAACAAGACAUCGUACAGCGUCGCGUCGGGGAGGGGGGGCGUCGAGACCAAAACCAGUUGCUGCAGCAACCCUCUUAUAAUCAACAAAGGGACCCCUCCUUUGAGCCACUCUUGCCAAACUCCGGUCAAGGACAGAUAAAUGCACGCGAGGAAGCCGAGAAGGAGAGGCAAUUAAUUGAGCCUCAGGCUCAGUUACUGUUGGGCAGCAGCUUGCCCGUCAACUACUGCAUCGGCGGAUCGGGGCAGGUGUGCAGAAACAAGCAGGCGCCGCUGUUGCAGCAUCAGCAUCCGCGGAGUGACAGAGACAGCAGCAGCGGCGGCGGCGGCGGCAGCGGCAGAUACCAGGAGGGGAAAAGCGCACUCUGUCAGCCGUAUCGAUGCGAGCGAGCGCUGGAGAGGAACUCGUCCGUGUCGAGCAGUGAAAACAGCAGCCCCCCGUACGGCUCCAGCAGUCAACUGUGGCCAGAGCCCCACGACAAGGAGGACAGGAAAAAUCGCGCAGGCAAACACAAGGCACAUGCUGAGCGAACAAAGCUGAGCCAUGCUGGAUCCAAGCCCUCCCUCUCCGAGAGCAGUCACUCACUCCCUCAGAUAGCCAUGAACAGCUGCAAGUACAAUGGAGGAGUGGUAAGACCACUGGGCAGCCUGGCGGCGUCACGACGCAACCUAGCAGAGCAUGACUCUGAGACCCAGCCACUCCAGACUCUUCACAGCUCCGGCCUGGAAGUGGUCGUCUCUAAGGGUGGCGGCGAGGACCCCAGCAAGGCGUCCAAUGAGAGCCUGGUCCGAGAGAGUGGCAACGCACCACAGAAAAAAAAUAAAGAUAUUGGCUACAAGUUGGGCCACAGGAGGGCACUUUUUGAGAAGCGCAAGCGGCUUAGUGACUAUGCCCUCAUAUUCGGUAUGUUUGGGAUCGUUGUCAUGGUAACAGAGACUGAACUGUCCUGGGGGGUUUACACUAAGGAAUCUUCAUAUUCAUUUGCACUGAAAUGCCUUAUCAGCCUUUCCACUGUUAUUUUGCUUGGUCUUAUAAUAAUGUACCACGCUCGGGAAAUACAGCUGUUCAUGGUGGACAAUGGGGCGGAUGACUGGAGGAUAGCCAUGACGUAUGAGCGCAUCUUCUUCAUUGUCCUGGAGCUGCUGGUGUGUGCCAUUCACCCAAUCCCGGGCCAGUACGUGUUCACGUGGACGGCCCGGCUGGCUUUCACCUACGUGCCCUCCGUGGCCGACGCCGACGUAGACAUCAUCCUUUCCAUCCCCAUGUUCCUCCGCCUCUACCUGAUUGGCCGGGUCAUGCUCCUUCACAGCAAGCUCUUCACCGACGCAUCCUCGCGCAGUAUAGGUGCCCUCAACAAGAUCAACUUCAACACGCGCUUCGUCAUGAAGACCCUCAUGACCAUCUGCCCCGGCACCGUGCUGCUGGUCUUCAGCAUCUCCUCGUGGAUCAUCGCGGCCUGGACCGUCCGGGUCUGUGAGAGGGAUGCCAUGUAUCAUGACAAACAGGAAGUCACUAGUAACUUUCUUGGGGCUAUGUGGCUAAUUUCCAUAACUUUCCUAUCAAUUGGCUAUGGAGAUAUGGUCCCUCAUACAUACUGUGGGAAAGGGGUCUGUCUGCUCACAGGAAUCAUGGGGGCUGGCUGCACUGCACUUGUAGUUGCAGUGGUAGCCAGAAAGUUAGAAUUGACAAAAGCCGAGAAACACGUCCACAAUUUCAUGAUGGACACCCAACUUUGUAAACGAGUAAAGAACACAGCUGCCAAUGUACUCAGGGAAACAUGGCUCAUCUACAAACACACCAAGUUAGUGAAGAAGAUAGAUCAUGCCAAAGUGCGCAAACAUCAGCGCAAGUUCUUGCAGGCCAUUCACCAAGCUCAGAAGCUCCGCAGUGUGAAAAUGGAGCAGAGGAAACUCAAUGACCAGGCCAACACUUUGGUGGACUUGGCGAAGACUCAGAAUGUGAUGUACGACCUGGUGUCAGAGCUGCAGGAACGCAGUGAGGAGCUGGACAAGCGUAUUGGCACGUUGGAGGACAAGCUGGACGCAGUCACCGGCAGCCUGCAGGCUCUGCCCUGUCUGAUCUCCCAAGCCAUAACUCAGCAGCAACAGGACCUCCUGGACGGCUUCGUGCACCGCUUCUGCCCUGCUUCGCUGGGCUCAGAACGCUCCUGGACCCCAUCCAGACGGCGGCGUUCGCCCUCCACCGCCCCGCACACUUCCUCCGACAGCGGCUAACGUGGGCCCGGACCUGCUCGCCGCUUCCAAAGGUCUCAGACUUAUUCACGUAAGAUGAUCAAGCCGAGAUUGAGGACUCGUGUUAAUAAGUAGAGAAGAGUUAUCAAAAUAGUAGAUAUAUGGUUUAUGUUUAGCCAUUGUAUGGCUGUUCAAGUUAGCUUUUUUGUAAAGCCCUCAUAUAUUUACAAGACUGAGUUCAGGAAGCUGGAGUGAGUCCAGGAAACUGGUCCGUCAAACUGCGAGAUCACGGGGUCCGCGGGAAGGUGGGCCCGAGCGAUGCCUGCCAGAGUGAACCAACGCAGACCAUAAAGGAGCGACGCACCCACAUAGAAGCGAUUCACUGGUCCUGUAAGACAUCUGUGCCAGGAUGAGCACCGAGAACGCGUCUGGGUGCUCUGCGAGCGCUUCAGCAUUCGGCUGGAGACGCAGGAGCACAUGACCUUACUACUGAGUAGAAUAAUGCAGGAAUGCCAACCUUAAGGAUUCAGUUCCCUUGCUCCUUUAAGGGAAAUUGGGUGCAACUAACCUUUUUUAGUUACAUAUUGGCAUGUUAUUUUUUUCAGUGCCUGAAUGUAUAGAUUGUGGAGGGUUGUCCAUUUACAAAAUUUUGGAGCGAGUUUUUGUACAAUGUUAACACGAGCAUUGCAUUCCUUUUUCAGAUACAUUCCUCUUGAAGACAUUUAACUCGUCUGUCUUAACAAAAACCAUUAACUCUGUCGCAGUCUUCUCUUAUUUUCCAAAGCCUCUCAAUACUUCCACCAGUUAGGCAAAGAAGGUAGGAAAGAAAGAAAAUAUAGGAAAGAAGAAAUAAAAGAAGGCAUAGUUUCUACUCAAACUGGUAACACUUUCAUUUUAACGAAAUCUGAGCUUCCAGAAGUCUUCACAUUACCGAGAGGCUGCGUUUUUGAAUCUGAAAUGACAGCACAGAGUGCUAAAUGCUGUGGUAGGCACAAAUGUAUGACAGGACUAAGAUUUAAACCUUGCAUGUUUCAGUGCAAUUGUGACGAAUGGAUUAUGGAUGGUUUUUCAAACGUAUGUGUGUGUGCUCUUUAUUUUUUGUUUUAUUUCAUUUAUUUUUUACACAGAGAUUCCUUUUUAAAACGUUGGAUAGUAUUUUUAGAGUUGCAAAUAUAGCGGUGCAGUAAUGUGGUAAUGUAUGUUUAAUGCAUUCCUUGUUCUACCUAUAAAUGAAUUCCUCGACCAAGAGAUUGACGAAUCAGUGAAGAGUAGGAGUAAUACAUAACAAAUCAUUCUGUAAUCACGAGAAGACCUUCUCCGAGAGAAUAUAUCUAAUGGGGAUGGAGAUGGAGAUGCUUAUGGAAGACAUUGUGGCUCACAUUUGCACUUUUCAGAACAUACCGUUAAGGCAGCUUAGAGCUCAAAUCUGUCUCUCCUGUUCACUUGUAUUUUUCGGACAUCUAUGGUUUUUAAUAAUCACAUAACUUUAAAGCAACUGACAAUGUUAUGUGUUUGAUGGUGUAAUUGUCACAGAUUUAAAGCUAAUGGCUACGACCCAAGUUUUAUUUAUAGUUUUAUUUUUAUUAAUUUGACUUUAGAUUUAAAAAAAAAACCUAGAUGAGAUCAGGCAAAAUAUGGGAUAGCAGUUAUUUGUGCUUGAUUUAAAAUUUAUAAAUGAUUUGAUUUUUUUGCCUUUUAUUUUGCAAGACAUUGGAUCCUUAACCAAAGCCUAUACAUUUAUCAACUUAUCAAGCAAAUUAAACUGCACUCAUUUCGUGUGAGAUCGUAGCCAAAUUCCCCCCCAAAACACUUUUAAUAAUGCAUGUUUGCUUUUCUGAUUUGCAAGUAAAGCAUUUGUUAAUUUAUUAUUAAAUGAGAAAAAGAUUUCCAUAAUUUGGGCUUGAUCACAACUCCUAUCCAAGUUGUUUUAGUCUUGUCAAAACUGUGUUUAGGUCUUAUGUAUUUCCAGUCCUCUGUUCUUGUGUACAAACGAUGCCUAAAAUUAGCAACCUUGCCAAACAACAACUCCAUUUAAACUUAAAAAAAUAGAGAAUUCUCACAGCUUUCAUUGUUGAUAUAUACUUGACACUUUUAGCACAUUUUGAUAAAACAGAUCAAAGACGAACUGAGAAAGCCGGUCGUAACAUUCAAUUCAACAUCCUAAUGUAGACAAAAAUAGAAGGACAGGCCGCUUUACUAUUCAAGCUGCUGUUGAUGACCAAAAUCAAGUGCAAUUUAGAUCCUGGUUAAAAAUAAUUGGAUGUACAAUUGCAUGGUUUUAACAACAUGACCAUGACCCUUGUUCAUGCCUUUCUCUCGCUUUCACUGUCAACACAGUCUAAAUGUUGUAAUGUGCCAAUUAUAAUGUAAGACUCAGAUGCCUUCUGAUGUCAAACUGCAUACACGAGUAGAUGGGACACCAAAUCACUAGAACGUAUUUUAUUGGACUACAUGAUUUUAUUUUCUUUCAUAUUUUUUUCCUAAUUGCCUUUCUUUGUGAAAUACCUGUGAAUGAUCAAACAGAGAGAUGAACUUGCAUUUUGUAUCCUCCCAGGUUGACUGUACAUAAAGGCAUGGGUUAUCAUGGUCUCGUAUGUUGAGAUCCUCUUAUUUUGUUUACAUAGAGAUAGCCCAAGAAGCUACGGUGUGGACAAAAUCUGCCCAUGUUUCAGAUAAUAAAUAUCAAAUUCUUGAGAAUA